GUUGACUUGUUACUUAAGAUGCUUGUGUCCCUAUGUAAUCCCCUCAAAAAUACAGGGAUUCAGCGAACAGUACAUGUGUUUAAACGCUCUACAUCGAGUCUAUCAUCGCAGGCUAUAAUGUACUCUAAACAAGGAGAUCCGAACUCUGUACUCUAUCUGCAGAACUGUCAGACACCGCAAGCACUGAAAGACAAUGAAGUGCUGGUGAAAAUGAAAAUGGCUCCAAUAAAUCCAUCUGAUAUCAACGUGAUCGAAGGAACCUACCAUAUGCUACCAGAACUUCCAGCUGUCUGUGGGAACGAGGGGGUCGGAGAGGUUUUGAGUGUAGGGAAAGGUGUGUCUGCCUUCAGUCCUGGAGACUGGGUAAUCCCUGCAGGAACUGGGUUUGGAACCUGGAGGAACUUCGCAGUGUCCACCCAAGACAUGCUGAGGAAGGUUCCAAAUGAUGUACCUGCAAUCAGUGCUGCCACAAUUAUGGUCAAUCCUUGCACAGCUUACCGAAUGCUGAAGGACUUUGUCUGUUUGCAUGAAGGUGACUGUGUGAUUCAGAAUGGAGCAAAUAGUGCUGUUGGUCAGUCUGUUAUACAGAUAGCGAAGGAGUGGGGAUACCAAACUAUCAAUGUUGUACGAAACAGACCAGAUUAUGAUCAACUGGCAGAGUACCUCAAAAGUUUAGGAGCUAACCAUGUGGUCACAGAGGAGUUUUCUCGAUCUCAUCAAAUGAGAGACUUGGUCAAAUCAAUGUCAUCUCCCCCAAAGUUAGCAUUCAACACAGUAGGAGGUGAUAGUGCAACCAAUCUUCUCAAACAUUUGGACAGCAAAGGUGUGAUGGUGACUUAUGGAGGAAUGUCCAAAAAACCAGUGGUGGUGUCCACAGGGGCCCUCAUAUUUAAGAGGGUGAGGCUCACAGGCUAUUGGAAUGCUAAGUGGGUGCUAGAAAACAAGGAAAACCCAGAACUUGUGAGGAUGUUUGAUGAUCUUUUUGACUUAGUCAGAGAAGGCAAACUUUUGCCACCAGCCUCAGAAACUUUUUCUCUGUCCGACUUCAAGCAAGCAGUCAAAUCUUCUCUGGAGGGAUAUAAAGGAAGCAAGAAAAUUUUUCUCAUGGAUGACUCUUCCUCAUGAUAUUAUUAUUUAAAUAGUAACUAUAGUAGUAUAUAUUAGUAAGAUAUUUAAUGUGCCAAGUCAUAAUUAUAAAGUACUGUUUAGGAAUAUA